AUAUACUGCCUAAACAUAAAAAUGAAGACAACAACCGCUCUGGCUUGUGCUAUUAUUAUGUGUUUGGUUAUAGGCAUGGUGGAUUCAUAUUGUGGAUCUAUUACCUCUCCUGGAAAUAAUCCAACAAACUGUACUUAUGGCGGUGUGGUAGUUGCCCUUAACAGUACAUUUACUGAUUACAAAGCGUGUCAUAGAAUAUCUUGCAACACAGAUGGCUCUAUGUUUGUUUGUGGAAUUGGUUUCCAUGCUGGUGUAUUUGGACCACCACCAGGAUGUAUUAUGAUACAGGGAGACAAGUGUGAAGCCUUGUUGGUGGAUGUAAUGGACCACACUAAGAAAUGUGAUCCGACGUUAUAUGGAGGUCUUGGUUGACUUAUAUCAACCUUCAACAAACCGAAGAUUUUGAGUCGGAAGCGACAAAAAUAAAAUCUUUAUAAAUCAAUA